AGUCAGAAAGAAAAGAAAAAUUCAAUGGGUUCACAAAAGACUGUUCUCCUUUCGAUCUUAGUAUUAUUUUACGUGAUUUCACUUGUGUCAUGCACUGAAUUUGAAGCUGGAGGAGACAAUGGUUGGAUCAUACCACAAUCUAGUAACCAGACUGAUAUGUUUAACCAAUGGGCUUCCAAGAACCGGUUUAAAGUUGGCGACACUAUCCGUUUCAAGUACAAGAAAGAUUCGGUUUUGGUGGUAUCAGAAGACGAGUACAAGAAAUGCCAGACGACCAAACCGGAACUUUACUCGAACCACGACGAUACGGUUUUCAAAUUAGACCGACCCGGUUUGUUUUAUUUCAUUAGCGGCGUCGCGGGCCACUGUGAGAAAGGUCAGAAAAUGAUCAUUAAAGUCAUGGAGGUUGAGCCUACGCCGCAUUCUCCUCCACCUUCUUCGUCCCUACACUCUUCAACUCACAAGAGUAACCACGCCGUGAGGAAAACGAGUUGGUUCAUUGGUGUCGGUUUAGUUACAAUUUCGAUUCUGGUUUUGACGUCUCUUAUUCUUGUGUAGUUUUGGUUUUAGACUUUGUGUAUGGAAGGAAAAGUGGAAAACCAUACGACUCGGUUAUGGCGGUUCACCCGUCGACUUUUAAUCCGGUUUAGGUUUUAGUGAUUUAAGGGUCUUCAUUCCAUUUGGUUUUUUGGUUA